AUGCAUAAAAACAGAUAAGUUAUGGGAUACACAGAUGAAUAAUUAGAUUUGUAUAAUCAAUAUAAGGAAUUUUAUGGGGAAAAAACAAGUACAGAAUUAAAAUAAAUACUCCAUAUUAAUGAUUAAGCGAAAACAGGGAAUAAAUAAUAAUUGAUAGACAAAUGUGCUGAUGGUAAAACACUAGGAAAAAUACCUAAAUGUCCAAUAUGUCAUGGAGGAAAAUUAAGAUUUGAUUAUAUCAAUGGAAAUUAUAAAUGUCCAGGAUAUAUGGAAGAUGAAGAAUUUAAAUACUGUAAUAAAUUAUUUUCAAUGGAAGAUAUAGAAAGAUAGGAAUGGAUAGAGUAAUGA